UAUAAAUUCCACAGAGAUUAGCCUUAUCAACCUUCUUUGCUCCUACCCCGAAACUGACCGUUUAAUCUGCAUCUCUUCCAUCCAUCUUUUUUCUCUUUCUUCUCUCUUUUCUUUUUUCUUUUCUUUUUCCCAAGUGCUCCCAAUUUUGUAUAGCUCCUUCAGGUUAAAUUUUUCUCAAUAGAAAUGAAUCACUGUGGAAUUCAGCAGAGCUAUGCUUCUUGUGAAGAAAUUUGGGCCAGCGCCGCCGCCGCCGGCAGAUCUAUGGAGAGGAAGGAGACGGUGGUUUGCCCUAAGCCGCGGCGGGUCGGCCUAAACCGCACCACCCAUGAUCCAGCUUUUGCAAGACCCUUGAGAUGGCACUUUAGCCAUCAGCAAGAGGAUUAUGAUGCAAAAGCUGGAAAUGAGCUACUGGAUAUAAUUCUUGCAAAGGGUUGUUCGGGUUCGGACCAAUCCGUUCCUCCGGUAGCCUCGUCGCCCCCAUUUUUUUCCGGGUCGCCGCCGAGUAGAGUAUCUAACCCGCUAAUUCAAGACGCUCGUUUUGGUGACGAGAAGUUUGCCCCCGCGGCAUUCCCCAUCCCCUCGACCGGGUUCGCCCCGUCGCCCUCCUCUGCCGCCCGCAAGGCGGGCGGCUGCGUGAGGUCGAAUUUCGGGAACAACCCGGCCGUCCGGGUCGAGGGCUUCGACUGCCUCGACCGUGAUCGGCGCAACUGCAGCAUCCCCACCUUGGCCUAAGAAGGAUGAGUACAUACAUAGGGAGAGAGAGAUGAAGGUUUGAGGCAUCAAUUUUAAGGGAAAAAAAUCUAGCAACAUUUUGAUCAAAAGUGAGGUUUACAAUACAUGUUGAUUUUGUCGUCGGAGUAAUGUGUAUAUAUAUGAUGAUGAAUGUAAUUAACUUAGUCGAGUCUUUGUAAGUAUAUGAGAAAUUAAGAAGUUAUGACUAAGGAAAAAAAUAUAAUUAGGGUGAGGUCUAAAUCUAGGGUAAAAACCCCUCUUUGUAAUGGUGUAAGUAAGAGAUGAGAAGAGGGGUUUCCCUUUGGCUUUUUCUUGUUAUAAUUUGGUUGAAUUUCAUUUUGGCUUUGUAAGGAAGUGAGGUUAUGUAUAAAUGAAAUCAAUGGAAUUUUCUACUUUAUUUAAA